AUGGAUCCGCCGGAUGACUCAGGCAGAGAUCCGCCCCUGGGCUCCACAUUCUCCUCAGCACCAAAUCUAGACUCGGACAUAAACGCAAAUGCCUGCCGGCCUGUGUAUGAGAACGGGACGGACCACAAUGUCAACAUCCAGAGCGCAGCCCAGCGGGGGGCCAGCGACCCCAGCGCGUACCCCUGCACGGACUACCGGGGGCUCAUCCGCCAGAGGUUCAUCCGCAGGAGUCUGUGGGUGUCGGACACCGAGGAGCAGCAGCCGGUGGUGGACACGCCGGAGUGUGUCAACAGCAGCCCGGUGCUCAGCAUCGACCUGCGGACCAUCGUGGAUCGGAGUCGGACCCGGGUCCUCCAGGGGACCCACCUGGGGCUCGGGGAGACGUCCAGCACGGAGAGCCAGGCGGGGCUGAAGGAGAGCACCACGGAGAGCGUGAGCGCGGAGGAGGGGAAGGGGGAGGGCAGCGAACCCGAGCCCAAGGCCGAGGUGGUCGCGGUCGUGCCCUGCGACGUCACAGGUCAAGCGGGAAGUGAUGAGAACGAAGAGGAGCCCGGGAUGAAGGCCUUGUCCACCUCACCUGGGGGCCGCUUCCUCAAGUUUGACAUUGAGCUGGGCAGAGGGUCCUUCAAGACCGUCUACAAGGGUCUGGACACCGACACCUGGGUGGAGGUGGCCUGGUGUGAACUCCAGGAAAGGAAACUGUCUAAAGUUGAACGACAGCGGUUCAAGGAGGAGGCUGAGAUGUUAAAGGCUCUGCAGCAUCCCAACAUUGUGCGGUUUUAUGACUUCUGGGAAUCACCGGUGAAAGGGAAGAAGUGUAUCGUUCUGGUGACAGAGCUGAUGACCUCAGGGACACUAAAAACGUAUCUGAAGCGCUUCAAGGUGAUGAAACCUAAAGUUCUUAGGAGCUGGUGCAGACAGAUUCUCAAAGGCCUUCACUUCCUCCACACAAGGACUCCUCCAAUCAUCCAUCGAGACCUCAAGUGCGACAACAUCUUCAUCACUGGCCCCACAGGCUCUGUCAAAAUAGGAGACCUCGGCCUGGCAACACUAAAGAGGGCCUCCUUUGCUAAGAGUGUCAUUGGCACUCCUGAGUUCAUGGCCCCGGAGAUGUAUGAGGAGCACUAUGACGAGGCUGUGGAUGUCUAUGCCUUUGGGAUGUGCAUGCUGGAGAUGGCCACCUCCGAAUACCCGUACUCUGAGUGUCAGAAUGCUGCACAGAUCUACCGCAAAGUCACCAGUGGGGUGAAACCUGCUAGCUAUGGUAAAGUCAGCGACCCUGAAAUUAAGGAAAUUAUCGGGGAGUGUAUCCGUACCAGAUGGGAAGAAAGGUACUCCAUCAAGGACCUCCUGAAUCAUGCCUUCUUUGCAGAGGAUACCGGUGUGAGGGUGGAGCUCAAUGAGGAAGACGAUGGGACGAAAUCAUCUAUUGGUCUGAAGCUGUGGGUGGAGGAUCCUAAAAAGCUGAAGGGAAAGUACAAGGACACUGGUGCUAUUGAGUUCACCUUUGACUUGGUGAACGAGGUCCCAGAGGUCGUGGCCCAAGAAAUGGUUGAAUCAGGUUUUUUUCUGGACUGCGACCUCAAGAUAGUGGGGAAGUCAAUCCGAGACCGUGUGGCUCUCAUCAACUGGAAGAGGACGCGCACUGUCUCGACAGGAAAUGCUGGGACGCAGCAGAACCUUCUGCAGGUGCCCAGCACUGGUGUACCCCAGGGAGCCACAUCAGCCACAGCAGAUACUGAAGACCAAGAGGGGGAGCAGCAGUCACUCAUCUGCACUGUGCCAACCACCACAUCUACUACAUCUGACAGUGGAGGGAGCUCUAUCAUGCAGUUAGACGACCUAAACAAUCAACAAAACAGGCCCUACCAGUCUCCUCCAGAGCUCGUCUCCACGGCUCACAUGAUGUACAGUCCUCCUGCACAGGCUGACCCUCACCUGCACCAGGGGCCCUACCAGCAACCCACAGCACAGGCCUCACUUGACCACUACACACAAGCAUCCACACAGUUACUUCAGGGAGGCUACCCUCAACUGCAUCCCGGGGGUUAUCAGCAACCUGCAGCACAGACCUAUCAGUCUCAAACAACAGUUUCUGCUCCAGCUACGCCAGUCCCCACUCUGCUCCAGACGAGACAGACAACCCAGAGCUUCCCGGCUGCAGCCCCCAUUCUACAGACGCAAGCUGGACAAGAGCAGUGUCAUCUUCAACCAGCUGCCGCCCUGCCGCAGUUUCCCUCACCAUAUCCUGUUGUUCAAACAGGGGGCCACAAGCCCCCUCCCUUCUCCCCAGCUCCUCUGCCAUCUACCUACAGCAGCAGUGGCCUGUCUAUGUUGAGCUCCUACUACUCACCUUCACCCCACUAUCCCUCCCUCCCUCUGACCCCUCAUGCUGCCAUCCCCACUAUUCCCACUCUAGGCACUCCUCAGACCCCUCUGUCCACACCCCAACACAUGCCUGUAGGGGCACUCCCAAUCCCACUCCUCACCCUGGUCAUGUCGCCUGCAGCGCCCCAGCAGCAGGGCGGCUUCCAUACCACCCAUCCCUUACCUCUCUCCCAGGUACGCACCACCCCAUACCUCGCCCCCCACCCUGAGCAGGAACUGGCUGAGCAGCCUGUCCAGGGCAUGCGUUUGGGGAUUGAGGGAUCGGUCCGAGGUUUGGUCUUGGCCCCAAUCCCUUUCACCCUGCCAGUCACAGGUAAAUCUGCAGCCGCAGCUUCUGCUCCAGCUUCAGCUCCUGUCGCAGUUUCAGGCUCUGCUCCAGUUCUGCAGCCUGCUGGCAUCCAGACGGCAGUGUCACUGCCUGAGUGUGCCAGCCUAGCCACGACACAGCAAAACCUCGAAACAACAUUUGCAUCCCGCAUCCCUCAACAAGAGUCCAGUGCUGAGGAUGUGCUUCAGGACAAACCAGUAUCUCUACCCAGCUAUGCGUAUGACAGUUUCAACUCUGAUGUGGCAUCUGGUAAGGAGACGAGCGAUGGCUAUGACAGCUUGGCCAGUGUGGGGAAGGGCGAUGGGAAACCCAGGAAACACCACCGCAAGUCUGCCCGAACACGUUCUCGCCAAGAAAAGACAAGCAAACCCAAACUUAGCAUGCUCAAUGUUUGCAACACUGGAGAUAAAAUGGUGGAAUGCCAGCUGGAGACUCACAAUCACAAAAUGGUGACGUUCAAAUUCGAUCUGGAUGGAGAUGCACCGGAGGAGAUUGCCACUUACAUGGUGGACAAUGGCUUCAUCCUACUGUUAGAGAAGGAGAUCUUCAUUGACCAGCUGAAGGACAUCGUGGAUAAAGCGGAGGACAUGCUGAGUGAAGAUGUAGAAGGUGAAAGAGCAUCGACCUUGAGUUGUAGUCCUCCACAAUUCCAGAUGUCUGAGGGGUUAGUGGGAGAGAGUCCGCAGCCUGGAGCACCUCAGCCUGUCUAUCAGCAGAAUGUUCUUCACACUGGGAAAAGAUGGUUCAUAAUCUGCCCUGUAGAGGAGACCCCCACAUCCAGCCAGGAGACCCCGUCUGACGGCACGGCAACGCAGUCUCCUGGGAGUUCAACCACUACCCAGCCUGCAGACUGCAGUGGCACUGCCAGGCCUUCCAGAGAAGACGGCUCCUCUUCUACAAUGUCCGGAGGAAGUGGAGGCUUCUCCUAUGACGUGUAUGGAUUCUGUAGUCCCCCAAUCAUGUCCAACACUGACCCACUUCUUUUCGCCACUCUGUCCCCUCCUGUGUCUGCUCCCCCGACCCUCCAGUCCGUAUCAUCAGUGGAGCCUGCUGGCAGCUCUGUGCCGCCCAGUGUGCAUCAGGCCCAGCCAGCAAGGGCUCAGAAUGUGCGCCCAUCAUCCCCACAUGCGUCUUUCCCAGUCCAUGAGUCACAAGGAUCCCCUCUAGGACCCGUCUCCCCGAUCCAUGCCGCUCGGCAGAUGCCUGACAUGAUGAGUCCUGUUUCUAUAGCUGAGGAGGUGCCCUGCUGCCCUCUGGUCAUGCCACUUUCUCUGGAUGUGAGCGGUUCACAGGGUGGGUCUCCCCUGACCCCACUUCCUCUCCAGGAGCCAGAUUCAGCCAAAGAGCCGCUGUCUGUCUCCUAUGCCUCAGCGGCACGAAGCGAGCGACCGCAGCAGCCUGUGGUGCUCCACCAGCCUUAUUCCAGCAUGGGAGGGACCAAAGUGUCCUCACUACCCCAGAGCCCAGCGCCAUCCCAGCACGGUGGAGGGCCCGGCGAGUCAGAAGGCGAAGGACGGCUCGGCCGCGGGGGCUUUGUGGACAGCACCAUAAAAACACUGGACGAGAAACUAAGGAACUUGCUAUACCAGGAAUAUGCCCCCAUGUACCCAUCAGGCAGUGCUGCAGAGACACCAGGCUCCUGCACCGAGUACAUCCAGUCUCCUCCUGGUCCAGACAGCGCCAUGGGAGGGUCGGGAAACAGCACGCCAGGGCCGAUGGGGGAGGGACGCUACAGGACAGGGGAACAACUGCCUCAGAUUCCAGAGAGAAUGGACAGUUUGAGCACACUGAGUGACUCAGCCGUGUGUGCUUCCAUGUCAAGAAGACACGUUCCUCACUCUGUCUCCUGCUCUGGAGCCAGAGGUCGAUUUAAGAUCAUGCCAGUUCCUCCUGAAGUGGCAAACAGACGAGAUGUGAAACAAAGGAGCUGGAGCAGCGCUGCCUCACCAGCACACCCAGUUACAUACAGACAGGACCAUGUUCAGGCUGAGGCCAUGGUCACCUCCACCACAAUCGGCCGUUUCUCUGUGGUUAGCACCGAAGACGACCUCACACAGAGUACACGCUUCAGCCGCUACUCUGCUCCGCCUGAUUUCUACCUGGACACGCCUCCUUCCAUGGCAAAGCGCGGCUCCCUGCCUCGUGCCCUGACCUCACCCUCCGUCCCUGUGGACGUCACUGUCCAUGCUCGCUUCCUCUCCUCGGACUCGGGGGCCGAGAGUAGCCCUGCGAAGCUGGCCCCUGCCACCCCAUCUCAGCGGACUCGCUCAGAGCGCAGAGGAAGUGACCUCAUGAAGAGGGCGGUGGCCUUCCUCCGUCGCUCAGGGCGCAGCAGCAGUGUGCAGAGCUCCGACUCACCGAGUAGGCAUGGAGGCGUGCAUGGCUCAGCCUGUGGCAGCAGCGAUAAUGACUCAGAGAUGGAUGACUCAGACAUGAAGAGGGAACUGCAGAGACUCAGGGAGAAACACCUAAGGGAGAUCUCUGAGCUGCAGGCCCAUCAGAGGGGAGAGGUGGAACUGCUCUAUAACCGGCUGGGCAAAGCGGCUCCUCCUGGCCUGGGUCUGUCUCACACUGCACCGCAUAACGGCCGUAGAAAGAGGUCGAGCAGGCACAAGCUGAAGCCUGGCAAACUUCUCAGCCCUCUGGUGCAACAGUUUAGAAAUGUCACAACAAAAAGUAGUGACUCCAGCAGAUCUGCUGCUGCUGCUGCUGCAGGCAUAGGUGAGCCUACACUGAGUUUAAAUGGCUCUCCAGCCAAAGGGUCUCUCCCCUCACAAGGCCGGGCACGGUCGUGCACGAGCCACAUUCCCAGCUCGACCUCAGAACCUGUGCAGACUCAGCAGCCUUGCUCCCUCAAGGGCUCUUUGUCUUCAGAUAAUAUUUACGCUGGACUACACGGAGACGGUACCAGCACACAAGUUCCACCUGCACAAGGCUGGUCUAAUUACCCUCAACCAUCUGAGAGAGUCACCUAUAAAUCCAGUAGCAAGCCAAGAGCUAGAUUUCUCAGUGGGCCUGUGUCUUUGUCUAUCUGGACAACACUGAAGAGACUGUGUAUUGGGAAGGACCGCGGCAGCAGGUCUGCAGCCGGAGCGGGCACCUUCAAUCAAUCCCAGCAGCUGCCUGCCGGUGCCACCCCUCCACCUCCUCCUCAUCAGCCGGUGAUGGGACUGGCCCAGGCCCAGGCGAAUAACAGCAACAACAAGACAGGCACAUACACGGGCACCUCUACGAGUGAAAAAGACCUGCCUGAAGACUUGCAGAGGCUGAUGGACGACUGGGCCCAGGAGGUUCUUAUCGUCACCCACAGGCCGCGAACCAACUCUCUGAGCAUCAGCGGGCAGCAGCUGUGGGAGCAGGUUGUGCAUCGAACACACAGACAACUGGCUAGUGCUUCAUAUGUAUCGUCCUGGACAGGACUUGGUCCAGAGGCCUGCACUCGGUCCCUGACAUGGCCGGACAGCCCCAGGUCAACGAUGACAACCAGCCCCUCCACACGGCCCCAUCCCAGCUAUCAGCUGCACUCUCCCGCUCCGUUCAGGGCCUUGUCCUCCUUCCCUCUUCCUUCAGGAGUUUUUGUCUUUCCUGUUGUGCCCUCAGCCCAGGACGCGCCCAGCCCCACUGCAGCUCCAUCAUAUCAGCCGCCCGACCCCAAAGCCAGGACUCUUUAA